AUGGCCAAGGGGCCCGAGCAAGAGGACGCCUUCCUGCACCUCCCGGCCACGCAGGCGAUGUCUGCCGCCGCCGCGCCGGAGGAGUGUUACGCGGAGCUGCUGGCGGGCGGCCUGCUGCCCUACGCCGAGGAGGGGCUGGGAACCGGGAGGGGGCUGCCGGAGUUGCCCGUUGCCAUCAAGUCGGAAGUGCCUUUUAACGGUGAGACUCUCUCCUCGGAAGAAGAGGAUGCAGAUACUCACGACGGCAAACUGAGAGCCGCGGACAAGAGCCCGUCCCCGAAGAAGAGCAUCACGCAGAUGAUGAAGGACAAGAAGAAGCAGACGCAGCUCACCCUGCAGUGGCUGGAAGAAAACUACAUUGUCUGUGAGGGAGUUUGCUUACCAAGAUGCAUCCUUUAUGCACAUUAUUUAGACUUCUGCAGAAAAGAGAAGCUAGAACCCGCCUGUGCUGCAACUUUUGGGAAGACCAUUCGCCAGAAAUUCCCUCUCCUUACCACCAGGCGGCUUGGAACAAGGGGCCAUUCCAAGUAUCACUAUUAUGGAAUUGGCAUUAAAGAAAGCAGUGCAUACUACCACUCUGUGUACUCUGGCAAAGGCUUAACCAGGUUCUCUGGAAGCAAGUUGAAGAAUGAGGGUGGUUUUACUCGGAAAUAUUCUCUGAGUUCCAAAACUGGAACUCUCCUCCCAGAGUUUCCAAGUGCCCAACAUCUUUUACUUCAAGGAUGCAUUUCCAAAGACAAGGUAGAUACUCUUAUAAUGAUGUACAAAACACACUGUCAGUGUGUCCUUGACAAUGCAAUUAAUGGGAACUUUGAAGAGAUUCAGCAUUUCUUAUUACAUUUUUGGCAAGGAAUGCCUGACCAUCUUCUUCCCCUGCUUGAGAAUCCCAUCAUUGUUGACAUCUUCUGCGUUUGUGACUCGAUUCUGUAUAAGGUUCUUACAGAUGUACUUAUCCCUGCAACAAUGCAAGAAAUGCCAGAAAGUUUACUGGCAGAUAUAAGAAAUUUUGCAAAAAACUGGGAACAGUGGGUUGUUUCCUCUUUGGAAAAUCUACCAGAAAUCCUGAUGGAUAAGAAACUGCCUAUUGCUCGAAGAUUUGUUUCCUCCCUGAAAAGACAGACAUCGUUCUUACACCUUGCACAGAUUGCUCGGCCAGCACUUUUUGAUCAGCAUGUGGUGAAUUCCAUGGUGUCAGACAUUGAAAAAGUUGAUUUGAAUAGUAUUGGCUCUCAGGCACUCCUUGCAGUCUCAGGGAGUACAGAUCCUGAUGGAGAGGUCUACAAUGAAUAUGACUCUAUUACUGUAUUCCAAGAACUGAAGGACCUUCUAAAGAAGAAUGCCACUGUGGAAUCAUUUAUUGAAUGGCUGGAUACUGUGGUUGAGCAAAGGGUUAUCAAGACAAGCAAGCAAAAUGGGAGGUCAUUAAAGAAGAGAGCUCAAGACUUUCUUCUCAAAUGGAGCUUUUUUGGUGCUCGAGUGAUGCAUAACCUCACUCUGAACAACGCCUCAAGUUUUGGUUCUUUUCAUUUGAUCCGCAUGCUGCUAGAUGAGUACAUCCUGCUUGCCAUGGAGACGCAGUUCAACAAUGACAAAGAACAAGAACUCCAGAAUCUACUGGACAAAUACAUGAAGAAUUUAGAUGCAAGCAAAGCCACCUUUACUGCAUCACCAAGCUCUUGCUUCUUAGCAAAUCGUAACAAAACUGCUUCUCUGCCCAAUGACUCUUCAGUCAAAAAUGAGUGUCUAGCGGAGCAAACCUACGUGUCCUUGUCAGCUAGUCAGCCUAGCAGUAUGCCUUCAGGUCUAAAUCUCUUUGCCACAGGAGAUGGUGAGAAUAUGCAGCUGACAGGUCAGAUGGAGCUGCCUCAAAGCACUGGUAACUUGAUGACUCCACCCAUUUCACCAGCCCUGGUCAGCCGAGGAAGUGUGAUCAACCAGGGGCCAAUGGCUGUGAGACCUCCGAGUGUAGGCCCUGUCUUAUCCACACAUUCACAGUGCUCUUCCUACUCAGAACCCCUUUAUCAGACUUUGUCACAAACCAAUCAGAACUACUAUGGAAACAAUCCCGGUUACCAGGCUAUGUUCAGAACUCAGGCCCAUUCCACUUCAGGAGUUUACCACCACAGAGCGGAGCACAGCCGAUUCAAUGCUUUGAGUGAACAGCAGUUCUCCAGGGACUACUUCAACAACAGUUGUGCUGUAACUCCAUACAGUGCCAGGUCACCUUCCAGCUAUUGUCCCUCAUCCAUGACUCAGGAUGCACACAAUAUGCAGUUUCUGAAUACAGGAAGCUUCAAUUUCUUGAGCAACUCAGCACCUACUUGUCCAGGAGCAACAUAUCCCCCUAAUGCUUCCAACGGAUAUUAUGGAAACAAUAUCAAUUAUCCAGAAUCUCACAGACUUGGAUCAAUGGUGGAUCAACAUGUUUCUGUAAUCAGCAGUGUAAGUAGCAUUCGACCAUUGCCAUCAUACAAUGAUACACAUGAUCCACUGAACAUCUUGGAUGAUAGCGGAAGAAAGCAAACAGGCGCAUACUACACAGAGUCCUCACCUUCAAUUGUCUGUCGAACUGCUAUGCCUUCAAACAUGCAAACCACAUCUUCGCAGUGUAUGUAUGGAACAUCUGGUCACUUCACUCCUCAAGAAAAUCUGGAGUCCCAUCAACCACCAAAUAGAGACAUGGUAUCAUCUUUACCACCAAUUAACACAGUCUUCAUGGGGACAGCUGCCGGAGGAACCUGAAG